UGUGCGCGGGUAUUCACAAGUGCAGCCCUUUCGGGGGAUUCAAUCUGAUGACGGACGGAUCGACACGUCUGCACACCCCGACAGGGACGCCUCGUGAGCGGAGCGGCUUGUAGACUCCGGUGGGGAAUCGAAGCUGUGCCCGCCGGCUUUGUGUUUGGGGUCAUCAAAGUUAAUCGGCCAGUACGUGCGAAUCGGGGCGAACAAUUUAGGUGUCUGCAGUUGUCCACCAGUAUAAAAAGGAGCCUUUGGGUCUAAAGUGCCUUUUGAGGAUGCUUUUUUAUGGUAAUUCAAUUGCUAGAUAAAAGGACGGCUGGCUCCGAAUGUGAUUCCCUCUGGAUAAGCACGCCGGUUGUCCGGAGCGCCCCACCACGUUAAUACCCUGAACAGGACGGACGAGUCGGAGAGAUGCCGGCGCAAGGACAAUGCAGCCCUGUAUGGGCCCCUCAUCUCGGGAGCUUUCAGGUCACUGAAGGGAAUGGCACCAGCAUUGGUACUGUGAUCGCAUUUGAAUGUCCAGUCAGGCACAGGCUUCUGGGAAAAGAAGUCAUUUCCUGCAUUCAGAAGGGCAACCAGACAGUUUGGACGGGGGAUGUCCCCACCUGCAGACAACUUUCCAGAUUUGAAGAUUUUGGGUUUAAGGUGGCAGUGAUUGCUUCCAUCGUGAGCUCUGCAAUUAUUCUCCUCCUGUCUGUGGCUUUCCUCACCUGUUGCCUGCUGAAAUUCAUUAAAAAGAGAGAGAGACAAAGGAGUGAAAGGGAUGUGCAGCAGUGUCACCAAAAUGAGAGCAGUCACUUAGAAGAGUGCACAGAAGAAUUCCAUACGAGUAAAGAAGGCAGCAACAACAACAAUAACAAAGCCAAAAUACAUGAGGCCAGGCUGCUGAAUGACACAGGGAUUGACAACCGAGGCUUCUGCAGAAUCAAUGAAUCCUGCAAGGCCAUCACUCUUAGCAGAGGAUGCAGCAUCCAAACGCGCUCUGCUGGUUUAAAUGUGGUCCAGAACAGCAAGCACUUCCCGUGUACCAUUCCCACAGUUAGCGGAACUCAUGUGGUGGACAUCUAUGGACAUCGCUGUCAGUCGCCUGUCAGCCUAUCUGUGGGUCUCCAUGCUUGAUGCUGACCUUCAUCACCUUUCACUGCACCUCUUUGUAUCGACAAGUGCCUUAAAACUUGGGAGCUUUCCACAGAGCUCAGCCCUACACUUUGAACAUGAACACCCUCUUUUGAUUAGCAGUGUGGGAGCUCAGAAAUGCCUCGUUGCGUCUCUCACGUGGAUCAGAAGUGGGUUAGCUUGAGCCAUUCUAGUAAAAGGAAUACUAUCAGUUUGCGUCUUGGCCAUUAAGAUUGUGGAUGAGAUUUUGGGUGCACUCUUAAAAGGUUUGUGUUUAAGUGCAAGUUCUCAGGAAAUUGUCUGGAGUCCUUUUGCCUAAUUUACUAAUAUGACUGUGAAACUGUGACUGAAUGUAUCAGUGACUGAGCCGGUAUCUAAGUUUUGUGCAUGUAAAUGUGUGUGUAUCAAAAACAAAGAUGUUCAUCUCCUUUAUAUAGUGUCAUUUGUAGCAGACACUACCCUAAAGUGUAAAAGUACAGAAUUAUACUAAAAUUGUCUAUGUAUAUUUUUUCAUAGAUGAAUCCAGGGGUUUAGAGUCAUGCAGCAAGUCAGUAGUGGGCACUGUGUUGAUAACUUUGUGAUCCACAACUUAAAAAAUGAGCUACAGUAUCACAGAAAAGAAUCUGGGUGGUGACUUUCACUUUUGUUCACAAUGCAUCUUCUCAAAAUCACCGAGACCAAGUUGGUGCUGACUUUAGAUGGGCCACUUUUGUUUUUCUUCCCGCUUGUGUACACAUCAUUGGUUCCAGGUUAUUGCUGCUGGCAUUUUAUGCAAUGUCACUGUUGUGAUGUCACUUCUCACCUAGCCUGCAAUGCAGCUGCCUUAUGAAAUGUAACAUUUGCUGGCUGGCCUAGAAAAACUAAAGAAGGCUGGAACAUAGCACUUUUAGCUGAUGUCACAUUAAGAAGUGACAGUCACUGAUCUCAUUGCUGCACCAUUCCACACUUACCUACUGAGCGCCAGUCUACUAGUGCAGUCGUGCUUGCCUCUUUUUUCUGACGUAGUGGUGCUUUAUGAAGGGUUAACAGCUGCAGCAAGUUCAGAAGCAAUUUCUGUCCCUAAUUCCUUUU